UAGUCGGGAAUUUUUGUGGAAUUAAAAUAAAAUUAAUUACUGUGUCACUUGUUUUGUUCUGGAGCCGGGUCCGGUUACAAUUAGUUACGACUGUCCCCUGUUUAUGAAGAGUUUCAAUAUACAAAUAAUUAUGUAAAGCUUGCUAGACGUCACCUUCACCAGCUGGUCAAACUAGUCUUACAGUAGGGAAGUCAUUGUCAAAAGGCAUCAGACAAACCAUGGUGACAUUACACCGGGAUGCUCUAGAUUUUUUACAUCGAGUGAUGAAUAAAAUAACAGUGAUGGAUAAGCUCACACCUCCGUCAAAAUCCACUCAGAAACUAAUCCUUGUCACAUUCAUGUUGAUAUCUUUUGUAUGUAUAUUCUAUGUCUACUACAAUCCAAACACAACCUUUUUCAAAUACCCUACUGUGGGCAUCCACGCAAACAGCAGCUGCUCAGAAACUUGCCUCCAUGUUCUGAAAAUGCAGAACUAUGAAUGUAUUAUGAAAAACGCCUCAGACAAUCCAUUGACAACACCAGCGCCAAAUCCUGCUAAAGAGGAUCAAGACAUCAUCGUGUUGAUCUGGAUGGCUCCUUUUGGAGUACGUUUUGAUUUGAAAGAUUGUGGCUCAGAGUACAACAUCCAUGGCUGUCAAUUAACAUACGACAGAAGUAUGAUCCAGCAAGCGCAUGGAGUUAUGUUUCACCACAGAGAUAUGAGCGCGGAUUUUCCGCAACCCCCUCGACCAGCUUUCCAAAAGUGGAUAUGGUGGAAUAUGGAGUCUCCGAGUCAUUGCAAUCAAAAUGACUUCCUAAAUGAUCGGUUUAACGUGACGUCAAGUUACAACAGGAAUUCAGAUAUUCCAGUGCCUUACGGUCGACUCGUCGAUGCCACAGAUGAACAGAAAAACUUCACCAUCCCCAAAAAGGAUAAACUAGUUUGCUGGAUAGUAAGUAACUUCCAAGAACACCACAAGCGCACACAUUUCUACUACGAGUUUGCGAAACACAUUAAUGUGGAAACCUAUGGAGGGCACUUUAACAAUCGAAUUAAUAGUGAAGAUUAUGGAAAUGUGGUGUCCAGUUGUAAAUUCUACCUGUCCUUUGAGAACUCCAUUCACAGAGACUAUUUCACUGAGAAGCUGUUCAAUCCUUUAGCGCUCGGAACAGUUCCAGUCGUAAUUGGCCCGCCCAGAUAUAACUACGAAGAGUUCAUACCAAGAGACGCCUUCAUCCAUGUGGAUGAUUUCCCAUCUCCCAAGGAACUGGCGGAUCACCUUAUAUCCUUGGACCAAAACGAGGAACAGUACAAACAGUUUUUCAACUGGAGGAAACUUUAUGUUUCAAAGAGUACAUCGUUUGGGCUUGAACAUUCCUGUAAGAUCUGUGAUUAUCUUAAAAGGAAUAAGCACUAUAUAGCCGUUACGGAUCUCAAAGGGUGGUUCUGGGGUUAAUGGGAUUGUGAAUAUUCAGUCAUUAAUUAUUUACCCUCAUGUCAUACCAAACCCCUGAGACCCUCCUUCAUCUUCAUAAAACAAAUGAAGAUUUUUUAGAUGAAAUCCUGGAGCUCUCUGACUGUCGAAAUGAAAAGAACCAAAAAUAGUCAAAACAUUCCAUGUGACUACUUUUAUAAAUCUACAAGAAUGCACCAAAAUUAAUUGAUAUAAAGACUUUUUUCACCAAUGUUUCUGUUCAGCGUACUCUCAUGAACAUACGUCCUGAAAUACGCAGAAGAAACUUUAACAACCUAAAUUCAGCACAUAUAAGAAUUCUCGUACAUAAACGUACAAUUGAACCACUGAUGUCAAAUGGAAUGUUUCUGGUAACUUUCUGACUACGAAAGUUUCAGGACCCUUGUUGUCUAUGGAAAGUCAGAGAGCUUCAGGAUUUCAUCUAAAAUAUCUUCAUUUGUGUUCUGAAGAUAAACAAAGCUCUCAGGGGGGGUUGAACACUAUGAGGGGAAUUAUUAAAGACAGAAUUUCAUUUGGGGGUUUAAAGUUUGAAAGCAUCAUAGGUUUUAAGAAUACUGAUCAGCUUUAUUGCCAAGUGCUGCGAGUUUACACAAACGAGGUAUUUGUCUUGAUGUAUUAGCACUUAAUGAUCAUAAACGCACAAAUUAACAUAAUAAUAAUGCCAAAUUAGGAAAAAAUAAAAUUGUAGGAAAAUGCACAAAUAGACCUUUCGGAACUGACACAAAUUAUAAUCCUACUCAUUCCAAAAGCAAGAAUCUUUCAACAAAAAUAUACGAAGCGGUCAAGAAUUGUGUCUGACCCACUUUAUUCCUUCCGACGUAUGUAAGUAAUGCUGAAAGGACAAAAAUAUCCAAGUUGAACUAAUAUUCUUAAGGCGACAAUAAAUCAGUAAUAAUAUACUUGGCAAACUUUUUAUUUUUUUUUAAAUCGUCAAUUUUUAGUUCAACUAUUCAGUUUUGACUGGACUGCUAAAAAUAAAUCAAGCCAAUACAUGUAUACAUAUAUUUAUACAACAGUUCUGUCUGGUUCUCGAAUCUGAUUGGCUGAUAGCCUUGUGAUAUC